UCCAGAGGGCCAGCAGCUUUCACAGGAAGGGCACACAGCCUGGGGGCCAUGGGGGUGAUAAGAAUGUAGGCCUGAGAUGGUGGGAAAUGGCUCCUGCACAGAAGACAUGCUUCCCGUAGUCCCAGGUAGCUUAGAAGACCUACUGAUGAGUGUUGGAACAGAAUCCUGCUCCUGAGCCUGGCUGUGCUCUCCCAGUGUGAGGUCUUUCGUCGCCGUCCAUGUCACCAUCAUCCUCCUUACGACAGGGGCCCUGGGCGGCCAACCUUGGCAAUACUCAUGCAGAUCUAAUAAAACCAUGCCAGCAGUCACCCUCCACGCCCCUGCCUGGCUACCUCAUGCCUGUGCCGAGCCUGGUUGGAGGCUGCACAUCUUUGGCUGGAGUUUGCUCUUGGCCUGGAUUCCAUUUUCUCCCAGCAAGGUCCAGGCUCCUGCAUGAAGUGAUGCUCCACUUUGCCUUACUCCUAGCCAUGGGGCUCCCACUGGUGGCAGCCAAUGUUACCGUUGGUGCUCAGUGGACCUAUAGUUUGAGAUGCCAUGACUGUGCGGUCAUAAAUGACUUCAACUGUCCCGACAUUAGAACAUGUCCGUAUCAUGUUAGGCGCUGUAUGACAAUCUCCAUCCGCAUAAACCCUCGUGAGCUACUUGUUUAUAAGAACUGUACAUACAACUGCACGUUUCUAUAUGCAGCUCACCAGCCUCCUGAAGCCCCAAGAAAAAUCUUCAAAACUAAUAGCUUCUACUGGGUUCGUUGUUGUAAUACCAUGGUUUGCAAUGCAGGAGGACCUACUAAUCUUGAAAGGGACAUGUUACCCAAUGAAGUAAUUGAAGAGGAGCUUCCAGAAGGAACUGUGAGGCUGGGGGAGUCAAAACUGUUCCUGAGCUUUGCCUCUAUCAUAGUCAGCAAUAUAUUGCCAUAAGGACCCCUCCUUGAAGGGUCUGACCAUCUUCACCCAUUCCAAAGAGAAAUGUUGCUUUCCAUUAUUCCCUUGUAAGCCAGAGACCCUUAUCCACUGCUCUUCUAGGUGGCCCAUUUAUGGUUUAUUGUAAGAGAAAAAUAAAAAAAAAUUAUUGUUUAGUGAAGAUGUUCAUGAGCAUUUGUUUGCCAGCAUGUACUUGAGCACUCAUAGUGGAGUCUCCAUUCAUAUCUGUUCUUCCUUCCCUCGCUCUGUAUUCAGGGAUUACUCUGUGGUUUUAUUAUAGUAUCAGUUGCUGUAGCUAUUAUUGAUUUUGGUAGUUUCGUCUUUGCGCUUCAUACUAAAGUUAUGAGUGGGUUGCACACUGCAAUUAUAGCAUUGCAAUAUUUUGGUUUGUCUGUGUACUUAAUUUUACCCUGGGUUUUAUACUUUCAGAUAUUUUCUUUUUAUACAUGAGUGUUUUUUUCUUUCCGUUU